UAAUUGAAUUGAAUUGAAUUCUGGGGACUUACGUGGCCAAGUCACGUUUUCAUUAUAAGGCACGCGGUAGUGGGGGACUCCUUAUUCAUUUUGACCACCAGGGGAUCUUUACCGCACCUCGAAUGCGCUGUACACGAGCGUUUUUUGCAUUUCACCCCUAUCGUAAUGCGGCCGCCGCGUCCGGGAUUUGAUCCCGCAGCCUGUAAUUCGCGUUCGUUAUCUUUUAAAGGGCACUGUGUCCGAAUACAGCGUCAGUUUCUUUCACUGCGUAAUGUGGUUUGUUCGCAGUACGGGACACGCCACAUCAUGGACUGCACUGGCUGACACGGGUCACUCGGUGUCUAGCCUGCUCAUGUGCGGGGGCUUGGCCAAGAACCCACUCUACGUUGAGCUGCACGCAGACGCAACGGGAUUGCCGGUGUUACUACCCUCCGAGACAGAGUCGGUGCUGUUAGGUGGCGCCAUCCUGGCGGCUAGCGCAAGUGGUCGCUACUCUAGCGUCACGGAGGCUAUGCUUCGGAUGGGUGGCUCGGGCAAAGUGUUGGCGCCGCGUUCCAGCGAGCGGCGGUUCCACGACGCCAAGUACGCCGCUUUCCGUGCGCUCCUCGACUGCCAGCUACGUCUGAGGGAGAUCAUGUCGCCCGGCGGGAGACCACCGUCCUCGUGUUCUUGACCUUAGUUCAUUUCUACGACCUCAACACAGCCCUCUAACUCGACAUCAAGAGGAAGAAUACCAAUGCGCGGUGUCGACGGAGGCCUACUUGUCGCUCAGUAGCGAAGUCAAGCAAAGAGACCUUUUUUCUUACUCGCGCGGGCGGCAGAUAUCUUCGUGAUGAGCUUAUUCCAGCGUUAUUCUACAUUCCCAGUUGUAAGUGGUAAAAAAAAACUAAAAAUAGCGCAAGCAGUCUGAAUGUGAAUGCUUUAUUAUCUGGCAUGCGCACUCCCUGCUGCUUCUUUUCUAAUAUUAUUUACUGUCUAACGUACUAUAUCUGAGUCUGAUAAGCAAUGCUAUUUAGGCGUUACGCUCCUGAACGUGUUCGUGCUUACUACGUCACAGCCUUUUGUUCUAAAGCAACGCGUCAGUGGGUCGAUGCCUAAGUCACUCUAAUAAUUUUGUAGUUUCAUGUUAUCUGCGCAGAUUGCGUCACCGCUAUAACGAGCUAAAGUUGUUACAAAAAAGCGUAUGUGUACAUGUGCUGUAGCCACUACUGACUACGCCACACAUACUACACAUGCCUAGCCUUGCUUCUAUCUCCAACACACUACGAGGAUUUUCAUUGUCGUUAAUUUCACAUACGUCUUUUCUACCCAGUUUUUAUAAUAUUCUUCCGUCUCGUCACAUUGCUUGCUAUCUGCUACAUGAGGCCACAACAACUUCCUGUUUGCGAAAACAAGUAAAAAUAUGUUCCGGGAUGCGAUUCUAAUUGGAUUGUCAUUGGUGCCUGCUUGCAGCGAUUGCACGCUGAUUCUUGGCGUGGCAAGCUGUUUGCUGCUCAGCUGGACAAUCGUGAGGGCCAACCACGAAUGGCGUAGUAACGCUUUCUCAUAUAGGUUUCAGGGAAAACCGGUUCUAUUGUUUCUUGAGUGCUGGCGUUGCUUAACAUUCAUUGCGGUAAAGUGAUGCUCCUUGAGGAGACGAUAAUGUUGGCGUUCAUAAAACAAGCGCCUCAAUAAUACCUUUUCUCGUAUUUUUUGGCAGUACAAAUAAUUUUUCCUGUAAGAACAGACGGUGUGGUGGGGUGAUGUCGGUGACAAACCAGUUUAGAUAUGUAUGGGCGUAAAAAUUACUCUUAGAGGGCGAGAUUUGUAACAGGAAAACAGCGUUUUAUGCAAGUAGUGGUGUCUUUUGCAAGAUGAAGAUUGGAAUGUGAAGUAAGCUUUUCAGCGCAGUCAAAAGAUCCAUGCACUAACCUACUUGGACUAUGUAAAUUGACAAAUAGCUUGACGAUUUUUUAUCACGAACGCUGCCUUCAAAUGUCCACUGUGUAUUUGCAACAUGAACAAUUUACGAUACUGUUUGAUUUUACGUGAUGGUGCGCCAACCAAUGCCCAUAAAACUAGCGCUCGGAAAUUUCAACGACCGUCGCAUUGGUUACCAGUCUCUGCGGCUAAGUCGUUCCGGUGAUGCCUCCAUGAACGGAAGUUAGGCAACAUUGCAAAUAAUGAUGACCAUUUUGAUGUACCCGUUCAAGGAGAGUACCUCUGAAGUAAGCAAAUUUAUAUCUGACAAAAUAGAGCAUACCUUUCCAAUUGGUCUACUGGUGUCAUUAAUUCCAUGAGUUGAUUAUGUUGAAAUAUGACAUAAGCAAAGGCACCCAAGUGUCCAUUGACGAUUGGCCGACGUGCUUGAUGCAGCCUUUUGCUUAUGGCUGCAAUAAAGCUAAUUUCAGGGAAGAGCUCUUCUGUCGCAUUUCUUGGCACACUGCACAUAAUAAAAACGUUCUGCGCAUACCUGUUUUCUACAAGCUACUUCAUCUAUGCACAAAAACAUUGAGCGUGACCUGAACGAAAAGUGUUCAUUACUUUGCAAACUCUGUGCUAUUCGUUGUUACUCACACAGCUCUGUUGAAGAAACGAACCGAACCACAAGCCGGUACACGAAAAAUAGUUCAUGCACUAUUGCGAUGUUAUCGUUUGUUAGUUUGACGAAAUAUUAUAAAUAUAAUUAUUUCUGUAUAGGUAUACAGUGCCAUAUGGCAACAAACAUGUUGUACAUCUGGGAAAUGCUGCGGGUGCUGCCGCAACAUAUCUAGACAGUUCGUGUGAAAAGGCGUUUUCAUGAACUUUGAUUUCACGAAAUGUUUACCGUCAGGAGCCGAAGCUACUCAGAAGCACACGAAGUAUGGGCGAACGACCCUGUAUAAACUGCGUGGUGAUAUUCAUCUACUGUUGACGAUAACCAACGGACCAAUAAUCUGAUCAGAAUAAACAGAACUAUAUUG